CUGGUUGUCAGUAAUGUGUUGUUGAUUUUUAUAUAAAGAGGUUUACAAAUAUUAUUAUUACGAUUUUAAUAGUUAAUAUCAGUUAUUAUGUUUCCAUUCUAUUAAAUUUAUUUCUUCCAAGACAAGAUGAGUAAUUUCAAUUACUCUGGUUUUAAAAUGGGCAGCAAGCCCAGACAGAGUCACAAUGCAGUGCCUCCUCCACCUUCCACGGGAGUCAGCAAACAGGGUUACUCAACUAUGAAUGCCAUCAGCCAAAAUGCAUUAUCUGCAGCUUGGGGUGGCAGUCGGAAGAGAGCAGUAACAGAGGAUGAGUACUUUGAUGAUGAUGAAGAGGAAAAUGCACCUUCAUUAGCAUAUAUCCCUGCACCAGGUAGUCCUACUCAAUUGGAGAAGAGUUCAAAAAGGGAUGAUAUUGAAGAAGAUGAUCCUUUGGAUGCAUUCAUGGCAGGCAUUGAAAAGCAAGUAAAGAAAGAGCAGGAGCAAAAGAAACCUGAGCCUAAAGUAGCAGUUAGGAAUGAUUUGGAGGAGGAAGACAAUGAGGAAUCAUACUACAGAUAUAUGGAGGAGAAUCCUAAUGCUGGCUUGGCUCCGAUUGACCCAUUGCAUCCAGAAGUAGAAUAUGAUGAAGAUGGAAAUCCAAUAGCACCUGAUCGUAAUAAAAUAAUUGACCCAUUACCUCCCAUUGAUCACGCCACCAUCGAAUACAAACCUUUUCGGGGUAAUUUCUAUAACGAACAUCCUGAAAUUUCUUCCUUAACUAGACAACAGGUGUACGAAUUGAGAAAAAAAUACGAUUUAUCGGUGAGCGGUAAUAAUCUUCCAAAGCCAGUUUCUUCGUUUGGACAUUUCAAUUUCGAUGAUAAAUUGUUAAAGGGAAUUAUCAAGGCUGAGUACACAAGCCCCACUCCUAUUCAGAGUCAAGCAGUACCGUGCGCUCUGUUGGGCAGGGACGUUCUGGGAGUAGCUCAAACAGGUAGUGGUAAAACAGCAGCUUUCUUGUGGCCUCUCUUGGUACAUGUAGCCGAUCAACAACCUGUGGAACCAGGCGAAGGACCCAUCGCUCUGAUUUUGGCGCCUACCCGUGAAUUGGCACUGCAAAUUUAUACGGAGUCGAAGAAGUUUGCUAAGAUCUUUGACCUGAGAGUGAUUUGUGCUUACGGGGGUGGUUCAAAAUGGGAACAGAGUCAGGCGUUAAAGGAAGGCGCAGAAAUUGUAGUAGCAACACCCGGUCGAAUUAUUGACCACGUUAAAUGCGGUGCUACAAAUUUGCAGAGGGUUACAUUUUUGGUUCUCGACGAAGCCGAUCGCAUGUUCGAAUUGGGUUUCGAACCACAAGUUCGAUCGGUUUGUAACCAUGUUCGACCCGAUCGACAGACUCUGCUGUUCUCCGCUACGUUCAAGAAAAAGAUCGAAAGGCUGGUGAAAGACGCUCUUCAAGAUCCUGUGAAAAUCUCUCAAGGAUUGACCGGACAGGCGAACGAGGAUGUAACUCAACACGUGGUUAUGCUAGCAACUCCUCAAGCAAAAAGAAAUUGGUUAUUCUCACAUCUCGUCGAGUUGCUGUCUACUGGAUCCGUGUUAGUGUUUGUUACUAAGAUCCUAGAUGCAGAACAGGUGGCUGCAGAUCUUAAAGUCAAAGAGUUUGAGUGUUUGUUGUUGCAUGGUGAUAUGGAACAAGCCGAAAGGAAUAAAGUGAUUAUUUCGUUCAAGAAAAACGAAUGUUCUCUUUUGGUCGCCACCGAUGUGGCUGCCAGAGGUUUAGAUAUUCCGCAUAUUCGGACAGUAGUCAAUUUCGAUACAGCUCGCGAUAUAGAUACACACACUCAUCGUGUAGGUAGGACUGGCAGAGCAGGUACCCAGGGAACCGCGAUAACUCUGUUAACAGACAAGGACAAAGAAUUUGCUGGACAUAUUGUGAGAAAUUUAGAAGCUGCUAACCAGGAAGUCUCACAGGAGCUAUUCGAUCUGGCCAUGCAGAGUAGUUGGUUCAAGAAAUCCAGAUACAAGAAGAAGGAAGGUCCAAACGUGGGUGGAGUAGGUUUAGGAUUUGUAGAGAAAGUUGGCAAAAAAUAUUCUCCGUCUCCACCGAGUAGCAGCAGCAGCGGGAGCGGGAUAAGUAAAGCGGAUUCGCAGCAACCUAAAGGUCCUGCGACCGAUCGUCUUUCAGCCAUGAAAUCUGCUUUUAAAAUGCAGUAUAUGAAACAGUUUACAUCAAGUUCAGAUGCUCCACCUCCGCAGUCGGCUCCGCCUUCCGCCCCGCCAACACGCAAAAGGAGCAGGUGGCAAUAAUCUGUUUGUUUUUAUAUUAUCAUAUUUUUAAAACGAGACGCUGGAAGAGUGAUAUGUUUUGUUAAAUUUAUCACCAUUGCUACAAUAUUAUUUUAUCAUUGUUUCCUGUUUGCGAUAAAUCAUUUAAAACUACUAACAUACACUCAUACAAAAAAGAGAGUUCCGAGUUCAACAACAUUGCGUACGAUAUAGUUAUUUAAAGAGAGUAAGGCGAAUAAAGGCAGUGUA